GCUGAUGCAUGCAUGUGUUAGUUACAUACAUCAUGUCCUACUCCUGUAUUUGAUGCAGAAUGAGGGGAUGAGACUAGCAGAACGAACGAUAAUAUUUUGAAAGGGAAUAUAAACGUGUCUCACAAAAGUUUAACGCAAAUGGAAGACAACGAGAAUGUCGAAAGCGUUGAAAAUCCAGAAGUUGUAGAAUCAGACAAUGCGGCCAAGACAAAAGCUCGAAAAAAAGGAAUUGUGUAUUUAUCUAGCAUACCGAAGUAUAUGAAUAUUACGAAAAUUCGAGAAUUGUUUUCGGUUUAUGGUAAAGUUGGAAGAGUAUAUUUACAAUUAGCAGAAAACGUGUCAGAACAAGAUGGUAAGAUAAAGAAACAUAGGAAAGUGUGUGCAAAAACCUUCACCGAAGGUUGGGUUGAGUUUGAAAGUAAAAAGGUAGCAAAGCAGGUUGCACUGCUAUUGAAUAAUAAACAAAUUUCAACUAGGAAAAAGAGUAAAUUCUAUGACAUUAUUUGGAACAUAAAGUAUCUGCCAAGGUUCAAAUGGAUUCAUUUAAGUGAACGUUUGGCUUAUGAACGAGCAGUGCGGAAGCAAAGGCUACGAACAGAGAUUGCACAGGCUAAACGCGAAGCCAAUGUCUUCUCUCAUAAUGUUGAUAGAAGUAGGAAGCUACGUCGCAUGCAGCAGCAGGAUGAAACUAGCAUAUUUGUACCACCCGUGAUAAAACAAAGAGACACAGACGCUGAAAUAAGAAGUAGAAAAGAGAAUGAUCUUGCCACGGAUAGGACAGGUUUUCUGAAAUCAUUGUUCGGAUGAUUGUUAUUAACACCUAUUCCUUCAUGGUUCAAGGAAAAAACGAAAGAUGAGUUUAUGAAAU